AUACCGCGCGCUUCGAUAGUACUAAAGUAUGGCCGAAAGCGGACUCUUAUGUCUGCUAAAGACAAAAUAGCGAACGAUAGCAGCCGACGUAACAGCAGUGCAGCAGCAGUCGUUAGGUAUUAUUAUGUCUGAGUUAAAGAUAUUCUACUAUCUGUUCCUGCUGACACUAUUGGACGCGACAUCGCAAAUUCGGCCGUCGUUACACGGUCACAACAAUGCUUUCGUCCAGGAUGACAACAAUGUUCAAUAUCUUUUGGAUAAUAUGCCAAUAUCUAUGCAUAAGGAUUUUACUAAUACAGUACAUGUGGCGAGUGAUACUAUAUUGGACGAGGAUAAAAUGGAAGAUACACUGUCUCAUAUUUCUUUUGAACCAAGCAUUUUGGAUUUCAAAGAAAGACAACUUGGUAUUCCUCAUCAAAAAACUGUGAUCAUGUUUAACAAAGAUCACAAUAAAACUAUACAUCUUUCAUCAAUAUCUGGAAAUACACGUCAUUUCCAUUCAUCAUUUUUUCAAAAUAAAAUAAUUCCACCAUUAGGAAACACAACAUUCAAUGUUGUCUUCCUUGGUCGAGACGAAGGUGAUAUUGAUACACACCUUUUUAUACAUACAUCAGAUGGAACACUAAAGUAUCAGGUCAAAGGAAUAAGCAUCAGUAGUCCAUAUAGACUCAGACCUGUAGUUGAUGUCAAGUUACCAUUAAAUGCAUCUUUUACACCUCUUAUAUAUAUGCACAAUCCACAUCCGGAAACUUUACAAGUGAUGGAAGUGUACAGUAGUGGUGGAGAAUUUGAUUUAGAAUUGCCAUCAGGAGAGUCAGAAGGCACACGUGAAUUAUGGGAAAUUCUACCUUAUCAAACAAAGCCUGUCAUCAGAUUACGUUUUAAUGCUUAUACAGAAAAGAAUCAUACAGCAUAUGUUAGAUUUAAAGUGAAUAACACUGCGGAGAUCCUUGUUGUAGCAAUUGAAGUAGAAGUGAAAAGUGGAGCUGGUCUUCAUUGGGGUGGAAGUUCUGGAGUAAUUAAUUUAGGUAUGGGUGGUUCAUUGCAGCCACCCAUCCACCACCCUAUUACUUUGAAGAAUUCCGCAAAAAAAGCGAUUAAAGUUGUGAAUAUUAUAAAUACACCUGUAUCGAAAGCAUUAAAACUGCAUUUUGAGCCAGCGAUAAUUCCAGGAGAAACAGAUAUACCGAUCGCUAUUGGAAUGCUGGUUUAUGAUUGGAAAACUGGUUUGGACUUGCAACACUUUAAAGGCAAAUUGAUAAUAAAAGCAAUAGGUCCUGGCGGCUCUAAUCAGAAAUUAGCAAUUCCAUGGGUGGCUCAAGUGCUGCAAGGUGGAUUAGAAGUGAACGCAUCGAUUACUCAUUAUUGUUCUCCGCAAUCUAAUCAAGCUAGAAACUUUAGUGUGGUGAACAAAUUUAAAUUACCACUAGCUAUUACGAACGUCACGAUGUGUUCGAACGCGAAAUCGCUUUUUAUGAUAAAAGAUUUUACUCCUACAGUAAUAAAACCUGAGCAAAAGGUCAAUAUAUUUUCUUUACAACUUGCCAAAGAGCGAAAAGGUGAUAACGUAAAGAUGGAAUCUUCGAUAUUGAUACACUCCAAUGUGUCCGUAACUGAAGUCCCGCUAUUGAGUUAUGAUGGCAAAGUAAGAAAGAUAAUGCCGGGGGAGAAGGAAGAUGAUAUGGGUACCUUGAAUUUUGGUACUGUAGGAAGUGGUACUGAGAAUGAAGCAAUUUUUGCACUGGAGAAUCAAAACCCUGUCAACGUGGAGUUACAUGGCUGGGGUGUGAAUAUACCUGGUGCAGUUUUAGAAUUAAUAGGAUGUCAAAACGGUCCGGCGGAUUUGUUGGACAAGGAGUUUUUAAAUGUUACUGUUUGCAGCCAUUCUGGGAAUUAUAUAAAACCAGGUUUUUUAGCGAUCUUUAAGAUCAAAGUAAAGACGUCAAUGAUUGAAGAAGACACUAUUGUUGGCGAGGUUUUCGUCCGAACGACGUACGAGCGAUUUAUUUUGCCGGUGUAUAUGCGAGUCGCGCAUGGUAGAAUUUCCUUGAAGAAACUUACUUUUACAGAUUGCUUCCCUGGGACGAUUUGUAUGCAACAAGUAAAGGUGCAUUCCACAUUCUCGAGAUCAAUGGAAGUGACGCAUAUUGCACCCAUCAACAAAGAUGAUAGAAUCAAGUACAUCCCGCUGGAAGAAGCAACGAUGCCAAUCAUAUCUAAAGGCGAAAAUAAUGUUGGUUCGAUACAAAUUGAUCCUUCAGUGAUUUGCAAGCAACAUUGCUAUCUAGGUUUAUCAGUGGAUAGCAAUACAGGAAGUCAAUGGUUGAAUACAAUGAGCCUUCCCUCGCAUACUCGCGACACCGAUUUGAAUCUGUUAAACAUACGACACUCACGUUUUCUCAACUCCAUCAUGGAUGGCUCAUGGGAUAAUAUAACGAUGCAGCUGGACACGAGUGAAGUGCGCGGUCACAAGUUCUACGUGAACAUCAAACUAUACUGGCCCAGCCUGUUGGCCAGCUCCAGUAACAUAAAAAAUAAGAGUAUCUUGAUGUUUCCAUUGACUCAGGUCGGAAACACGUCGUACAGAGAGAUUAAACUGUACAAUCCGAGCACGAGUCCGCUGAUCGUACAAUUGGUCAUGGAUUGGAGCUAUCCUCAAGGAGCGCGCCUUUAUCACUCUUUGCCGAUAAAAUUUAAGCCCGUAUACAUGGAAUAUUCGUCCACGGUACCAGAGGAGUUCAAGUUGGAAGAAAAUGUGGACGAGCGAGAAUUGUUUGAGAAACAGUGGGGUGUAUCGGUAGCACCUCAGUCGCUUCCCUUAUAUUUAUAUCCUUUAGAAUCAAGGACAAUUCACGUGGCGUAUACACCUUUUGCGGCUUCGGCAUCGUCUGGUUUUUUAUAUAUUAGAAAUAAUAUGACUAUUUUAGAAGUUGUACGUAUGAUCGGCCGAGGCGCGAGCGCGCAAUUUAGAUUCGGGAAUCGCAAGCCAGGCUCGACUACGCCUUUGCUAUUUGAAUUGGCGGACAAGCAUCUUAAAGAUUGCGAACGAUAUCGUAGCAAACAUAUUACGCUCGCACCCGUUCUCACUACAAAGCGAUCUUUCAUGGCCAGAAAUACAGGCGAGCUACCGAUUAAGAUCUACGGUUUUUACAUCAAUGGCUUACCUUGUGAAGGUUAUGGUUUCAAAGUACUCGAUUGCGAAGCUUUCGAGCUGACUCCGAACGCCACCAAGAUGAUCGAGAUAGCGUUCACACCGGACUUUACUCUGUCGCGCGUGGAGCGAAAACUGUUGGUACUGACCAGUGUGGGACCGGAUAGUAGCGACGUAGAGAACGGUGUGGUGAUAUUUAAUUUACUGGCCAUUCUACCGACGUAUUCGUUAGAUUCGUGCGGAUCCGUGCUCGUUAGACCAUGGUGGGAGCUAGUAUGGCAGUGGAUUGCUACUGUCCUGUCAAUGGGAUUGAUAGUGUGCGUAUUCAUAGUCUCGAUUAUCGAUGCAGACCGAAUAUUGCGGGAAUCAUUGGUUGUUUACUCAAAGGAGAGCUCGGUACAACCGCCUCUGGACUUGGGGCUUUUCUCGACAGGACACGCUACGUCGCAAGUUGGCGUCAACGCCGUGACGAAAAAUGACAAGGUCGGAACAAGCGACGAGAAGAGCAAGACUGGUACAAAGGAUGAAACUUCUCCAGACAGGUCGUUGAUGAAUGUGAAAAAGUGUAAGGACAAGGAUCUACAGAAGGCAUUAAAAAUCCCAGACUGGUCAACUGACGAGGAGCGGAGAUUUAAGCUGGACACAGAAUCCAAAGAUUUGUUGUCCUUCAAACGAUGCGAGGAACAGUCUAACGCGGAUAAUAUCAUUGGUGUUGCGAGCGCUGUAACAUGCGGCACGAAGAAAAAAAACAAUAGAAAGCUAAGCAAUAUUCAUGAGACUCAAUCGGAUAACGCGCUGAAUGAUACACUCGCGGACGCUCAAUUAAUUCAAGAGAAAAAAUGCACCUUCAGUGCGGUUAUCAGAUCGAGUCCGACAUCAAACAAAAAGGGGAAAACUACGAUAACGACGACACAGUCGAGUGUCAAGGAAGAAUCUAAGUUAAUUGACCACGAAAUUCAAGUAGAAGCGGGAACGAUGAGUAAUAAUCGGACUACGAAAUCGGACAAUAAACGGAAGCAGACUAACAACACCGGAAACAACAGUAAUCCUAGUAAUCCCAUUGUGUUGAAAAAACUUGAGCCCACAAACACUCAAAAGGUUAUUCACCUUUCAGAGGAAGAGACCUCGUCCACGACAACAGAAAGUUCGACUCACGAUGAGACGACAUCGUGUAAAGUUUUUGACCAAUCGUGCGGAAAACAAGAGAAGCUUCAACGAAAGCCAAUAUCUAAGAAAAGUAAACCUCAAUCUAUUCCUACUGUGCCAUGCGUAGAUUAUAGAGAUAAUUAUGAAGGCGAUUGUGAUGACGAUGACUACGAUAAGGAGAGGCAGAAUAAUCCAAAUAGAUGGAAAACUAGUAUCGCUAGGUCCACCGUGAAACAUCAUGUUCAUACCUCGCGCACUGUUGAGUCAUCCUUUAAGUUACCACGUCAAAGUAAGAAUCCACCUCGGAAAGAAAAGUCUGUGCAGAAACGUCGAGGGACUGAUAAAACACAUGUAAAAGUAACUCCCGUAAACGACAAUGCGAACCAAAAAGAGGAUGUAACGCGCACCUCGGGAGCAAUCUCCUCCGUUCCAUUACCGCCUCCGCCCUCUUGUUGGGGCGAGAACAGAGCCAAGUUCAGCGACGUGGUGGCACGAAGUCAGGAGAUCGUCUCAUCGUUCUCCAAUUUAAAUCACGUACACAAGAAUCAGACGAGUACGUCAGGUCUGUCGACAGUGUUCGACACCGAUAUCAAGGAUACUCAAUAUGCUAAGCCACAGACAAUGCAAGAGUUAUUACAAACGCCAAAGGAGUACAAUCUAAUGUCAAAGCCGGCCUCUCUUUCUACCGUAUCUCUGGAUAAGGAUGAAAUAUUCAACCCGGAUCCCUUGAUUCCACAGUCGGAUACACAACAUUCGAACAGUUAUUUCAUCAAUACUUUCGUAGAAAAUCCCUUUGAACGUGAGUUAGUGCCGUAUGACGACCUACCAGAAACCGACGAGCUUUUGGUAGAAUUGGAAGCCCCCGAAGAGGAUACGCGAUGCCAACUAUGGGAAGAUACUAGUCCUAUGAUAAAUUUAUUAUCAGAUACAAACUCAGUUGCAAACGCAGGUGCAAACGCAUUUCAAUCAGAGUUGCCGAAAGCCAUGGAGAAACCAGUUUUGUCUGACUUGAAAGAUAAUUGGUCAACUGUCGAUAUGAAUUGGGAACCAUUGCACACCAGAGCAGCCGUUGGAGAAGAACGAAGUGGUAUGUGGGGAGUCAAUACGGGUGGUGUGUGGGCUGCAGCACCCUGGGGUGCCGCCGCUCCGCCUUUAAUGUCGCAAACGUUACAGUCUGAAACUCAAGAAAGAUCGGGAUUUGAUCCAUUUCAUUCGCUCAGCACAAUAUGGACGCCAUCAUCGUCAUGGACGACGGAAUCGUGGAGAACGAAAAGCGAAGACUAAUGACUGGAACUUGUUUUAUCUUGUGAUAUCGUAGACUUAUUUCCGACAAUUUCUUGGCGAAAAUCGAAAGUAACAGACAGUUUUAACUGCGGCAGCAUGAUGUGACCGAUAGCAUUGGAGAUCACGGAAUUUGUUACGUUUUGUUGCAACUACGCUUUGCAUACUAUGUGAUAUAUGUAAUUAUUAUUACGUUGUACGACAGUAAUCCUGGUGAAAUCUGUCAAACGAGUGAUUUUCGUAUAGUUUCUUAAACCAAAAUCUAGAGAAAGAGAAAUGUUACACUUAUUAUUUUCUAUUUCGUAAUUUAAACAUAUUGAGAUGCGAUACCUUAAAUUAUUGCGAGUGAGAUACGUUGUGCAUAUGCAGGAAUGAAUUACUAUAGAAAGUUUUUUUUGCUUGUAAACCGUGAACGAAAGAUAUAACUGGACUGAGCAUUACUUCUGCAAGGUACCAAUGACAAACUGAGAGUGUAGGUUAGAUAGUAAGAGAAAGUAACGCAGUAAGAGUUCCUUACUGUCGUUUCUCAUUAAUUAAACAUGCCAUUUUAUUUCCUUCACUACGAUCGCUUACGUACAUCAUGUGUAGGGAACAAAAUGACAGUAUCAAAUCGGAUUAUACUAUCGGACUAUACUAAUCGGAUACUAUCUCGCUCUUUCCGCCUCUUUUUGCUGGUAUCUCUUGUCCUGACUUUGUCUGGUUAUCUUUCAAACAUGGAGUGAACAUAAUUAAUUGACUACAUACGAUGGAGAUGGAAUAUAACAUGUGAAAUUGCAAAACGAAAAAGGGGAAAAAACAGAAAAAAAAUACAAUCUCAUGUUAAUCACAAAACUUGUUGAUUUAAAGAAACAAGUAUAUCGUUACACGUGGUUUAUGGAAAUUUCUAAUUUAAUACUCGACCAAAGAGAGAGUAUAUCCCUCCUUUCUUUCGCGACGAUUGUCUACGUGCGUAUGCAAAACAAGAGGAAAAA